AUGUCACCAGUCAAGUCCCAAGGUAGAAUAAAUGCCACAAAGCAGAGGGCAGGAAAUCAACAGAAAAAAGUGAGACAGAAUGUUUCCAGACCACCUCAGUCUCCCUCUAAAGUGCCUAAUGGAAAACAAAAAGUUAGAGGGAAUUCACCAACUCCUGAGUACAGAAAGACAGAUAAGGUGAAGAGCAGUGGAAGGAAUAAAGCAGAUCCAAGUAAAAAGAGAAGUCCAGAACCACAGAAACAAGCGGGAAGCACGCUAGGAAACGGAACAACUGUAAAUCGUGAAAAGCUUCAACAUAACAAAGAUAGUAAGACAGGAAUAAACAAGACAACUAAACUUAAACCUCCACUAAAAGCAGCCCCAACCAUACAAGGGAGGAUCAACAACAACCUCCCCACCAAGCCUGAGAACAAGAGAAGUGACAAAGUGACAGAGAGUGAGGAGGAGGAAUCAGAGAGCGAUGCAGGAAGCUCAGAGGAGGUGACGGAAGAGGAAACUAGUAACGAUGAGAAAGAGGAGGAGCAGGGCAGUAAAACAGAGCCAUCUGAGACACAUGGGAGUGAGGAGAGCAGUGAGGAGGAGGCUGAGGAGGCAUCGGAUACUCAAAGAGAUACAGGACAGACAGCAAGCGAGGGAUCGGACAGAGAGCUUUCAGAGGAAGUCAAAUCCAGAAGUGAACCGGCCACUUCCAGUGAAGAAGAAGAGGAAAACAACAAGGAAGUUGAAGUAUUUGAGGCGGUCAUCAGUGAUGUGGUUGAAGACAGGGCGAUAACCCAGGACACAUCUGAAAAGCCACCAGCUGAUACAGCCUGCAGACGACGCAGACAAACUCCCCGUCCCUCGAAGCCUGCACAAGCACCAAAAUACAAGAUGUUUAAAAAAACAAAAGCAGAUAAGCAGGCAGAGAAGGCUGAGAAACAGAGAGCCAAAGCAGAGAAGCAGAGGUUAGAAAAGGAAGCCAAACAAAAAGCCAAGGAAGAAAAAAAGAACAAAAAGAAACAACAAAAAGAGGACAAACCAAGUUCUACAACAGAGGAGACUCAACCAACAAAAGAUCCUCCCACCAACAAAGAAGAUGAAAAUAUAAAUGAGAAAGAUGCUCCUGUAGAGGCAGAUCCAGAUGAGGUAGAGGAGGAGAAGGCUGAACCAAUACUGACCAAAGCCAUCAAAGGCCAAAACCGAAUAAUGCUUCUCAAAGCCAAAGGUAAGGAUCUCAAAGCCAUUAUGGAGCCUGAGGAGCAGCAGGACGCUGGAAGUACCGUCAAAGGGCGGCCACAGGGAUUGCUCUUGGGGAAAGUCAAGAUGGCAUCUCUCCGAAACAAAGCAAAUAAGAUGCUAACGAAGCCUGAUGAGGAAACAUCAGAGAGUGAAGCCGCUGAUGGAGCGUCCAGCAAACCCAAGGAAUGUUUGAUAGUGCGAAGAAAAGGUAUGACCACUCUUCGUCGAGUGUCCGGUUGGAUUCAGAAAAAUGUGCCACGGGGGUUGAAUAUGAGAAAGAAGCUUUCUGCUUGGACUAAAGCCAUCGGGAUCUCCCACUGGCUUUCCCUUCGAUCAAUAAAACAGAAGCAAGGCCCCAGAAAAUCUAAGGGCAAUAUCCUCAAACACAGGAUGGCCAUGAGAGUUGCCAGUAAAACCAGCUUGGCCGGUAAAAAUAGAAGGUCCUCUGUGGACAAAAUGGAGAAAGAGAAUACCAGUCUUCAGGAAAAGGCAGAGGAGGGAGGGGAGGAAGCAGCCCCAGUUGGAGAGAAAGAGGUAGAGGCCAAAUAUGCUGUGGUACUCCCCAGGAUGAACAAACUGGGAAGGGCAAAGACAGCAGAGGUGCCCCAAGCAGCUCCUGGAUCUUCUACUCCAUCAAGUACCACUGGACCAUCAGGAGAACCCACUACAUCACAGCCCAAACCCCCAAAACCAGGUGCCAGGCUUGUGCUCCCUGUAAAACCAGAUCUCAGCCUCCUGAAGUCCAUCAAGAAGUCCUUGCCUGGAGGGUUACAGUCAGGUGCAGAUGUGGCAGAGAGGAGCCCUGGCUCCAGUGGUACACCAGAGGGACCAUCCAGCACCGAGGAUAGAAACAGGAGACCUGCCCACAACAAUCAAGAUGGAGUCAGUGUGCUACUGGCUGCAAGAGGGAAACUGAACCCCUCUCAGAUCAACCUGACCAAGAUGUCCUUGUCAGGGCCGACUCGGGCCAAGGGACCAGAUUCAGAAAGCGAGGCUGCAGCUGGGAUUCCCAGGUCCGCCACUCAGCCCUUUCCAAAUGGGGAGGCAAAUGCUGUGAUGCCUGGUGUCCGGUCCCUGUAUGAAGAAGAGGCAGACAGGGAAGUAGCCCAGUUGAUGGGUGAGGGGGGAAUGUAUGCCAUCACCCAACCAGACGUGCACUGGGCUGGGAACCCAAGGAUGAGUGGAGACCCUCAGGACUGGCUGCGUGCUGAGAACCUGCUGCCCCACCAGACAGUGGAGAAGCUAACCAAGUGGACAGUCUAUGAUGAUGAGGGCCAGGCCAGGACCAUUCCUGCCCACAAUGGGAGGGGCCCCUGGGAAUCAGAUGACCCCACCCAGGAGAUGCUGGAGAGUCGUCUGGUCUGCACACAGGUAUUAAUGCUGCAUUGA